AUGAAUGACAGGUACCACAAGGCGGCCCGGGACGGCUACCUGGACCUGCUGAAGGAGGCUACUCGGAAGGAUCUCAACGCAUCGGAUGAGGAUGGCAUGACACCGACGUUAUGGGCUGCUUAUCACGGCAACCUGGAGGCUCUGCGGUUGAUCGUGGCGAGGGGAGGGAACCCUGACAAGUGUGACAUAUGGGGGAACACGCCACUCCACCUGGCUGCCGCCAACGGUCACCUCAACUGCCUUUUCUUUCUGGUGUCCUUCGGUGCCAACAUAUGGUGCCUGGACAACGACUACCACACGCCGUUGGACAUGGCCGCCACAAAAAAUCAUAUGGAUUGCGUCCGCUACCUAGAUUCCAUUGCUACCAAGCAGACAGGCCUGAACCCCAAGCUGGUCGGCAAGCUGAAGGACCGGGCAUUUCGUGAGGCUGAGCGGAGAAUCAAAGAGUGCCUGAAGAUGCAGAAAAAACACCACAGGCGCAUGGAGAGGAAGUUUCAUAAGGAGGCUUCUGAGGCUUCUGCGUCAGAUGUCAUGAGCUUUUCUAGCUACACCAGCAGCUCUCUUAGCCACAAGCUGCACAACUUAAGUGCAGCCUCCGUCAGUGUGCCAUAUUCUCAGGCUACUCUCCAUGCCACAACCCGAGGGAAGACAAAGAUCCAGAAGAAGCUGGAGAAGAGAAAACAAGGAGAUGGGACCUUUAAAAUCUAUGAGGAUGGAAGAAAGAGUGUGCGCUCCCUCUCUGGACUGCAGCUGGGCAAUGAUGUUAUGUUUGUCAAACAGGGAACCUACAUCAACCCAAAAGACCACGGCCGCCGAAACAUUCGUGACAUGUUCCCCAGAGACAACGAUGAUGCCAUUUCACGUGCCAUGAGUGAGCCUGACCUUCAUGGGCCUGAUGUAGACUACUCUGAGAUCAGCACUGACUCAGGACAUGAUUCCCUGUUCAACCGACCCGGUCUGGGCACCAUGGUCUUCAGGAGGAACUAUGUGAGUGGGGGAAUGUUUGACCUAGGAGAUCGAGAAGGGGCUAGUUUAAACCAGUCAGGCAAUACUGUGCAAUUACGCAGUCGGCUGCAGCAAUACCCGAGUCUAGAUGAAGACAGCAUCGGCAGUGCACAUAGCCUACAGCAGAGGAACGUGGAGGAGCUGCCUUGGGAGGAGGUAGAGUUAGGGCUGGAUGAUGAUGAUGAGCCUGACACAAGCCCUCUGGAGGUCUUCCUGGCCACGCAGAGCAUGAGUGAGUUUUUCUCCAUCUUUAGGCGGGAGAAGAUCGACCUUGAAGCUCUGUUGCUGUGCUCAGACCAUGACCUUAAGGGCAUCCACAUCCCCUUAGGGCCUAGGAAGAAGAUCUUAGAUGCCUGUAAGAGACGAUUGGAGACUAUAGAGGACCCAGACUGCAUUGAGGACACAGAACUGUGA